UCAUAAGUUCUGUCACCAAAAUAAGGAAAAUGGCAGGAGUAAUGCAGGGUGGUGGAGCUUUUCCCGACUUUGACAUGCUCAGGAUUGUUGCCAGGGGGCAACUAAAACUUCUCCUGGAGUCUAUGCCUGAGCUAAAAGACCUGAUCAUAGAACAACCAUUGAUGAAGCCUUUGGAUAGAAUUGCUGGAGCCCAGUUCCUCAAGAGCCAUGGAGUGGACAAGAUCUACAAACUGGAACCAAGUACAACCAAGGCCCUAUCUGGCUGUCGGCAGAGGAUGUACCUGAUCCGCCCAAGCAUGAAGAGUGUCAAAUGUGUUGCAGAUACAAUAAAUGCUGACAUUGCAAUUCAACAGAAAAGGAAAUACAAAAUCAUCUUUGUGCCCAAAAAGUGUCACGUUUGUGAGCGGAUCCUUGAACAAGAGGGCGUAUUUGGACAUGUCUCACUGGACGAGUUCCACCUCGACUUGAUUCCAUUAGAUAGAGACUUGCUAUCCCUGGAGAUGCCAGGGUUCUUCAAAUCAUUCUUCUUAGAAAAUGACCAAUCAUGGUUGCACACUGUUGCCAAAUCGCUUGUGAGUCUCCAAGACUUGUACGGUAUCAUUCCAAAUGUCUAUGGCGUGGGCAGGGGGUCAAAGAUUUCAUUUGACUUGAUGAAUAUGAUGUUACGCUAUGGCUGUGAUCAGAAGAGAAGGGUCAGCAAUGAAAUCGGACAUGUGUUCUUAAUUGAUAGAGAUAUAGACUUUGUGACUCCACUUCUAUCGCAGGUGACAUAUGAGGGGUUGGUGGACGAAACAUUUGGAAUCAAAAGUGGUUUUGUUGAGUUUGGUCCGGAGAUCACCCGUGCCAAGACUGUGCGGUUAUUGCUGACUUCAGACGAUGAGGUCUUCGAGGAGAUUAGAAAUCGACACUUUUCAAAUGUAUUUGGUUAUCUUGGUGCAAAAGCUAGGGAGUUGCAGAGUGGAUAUGAUAAAAGACAUGGCAUAUCAUCAGUGAGUGACAUGAAAAACUUUGUUUCAAAUGAAUUGAAGGGGUUGAAACAGCAACACAAGUCAUUAGCUUUACAUAUUGGUGCAUCAGAAGUGAUACUAGGAAAGAAGAAUAAAGGAGAUUUUGAAGAACUUCUGACGACUGAACACAAUUUGCUAGAAGGUAUAGAAUCUCGAGGGAUCACUAACUACAUUGAAGAGUGCAUACAUCGACAACUGGACAAGAGCCUUAUACUCAGACACCUCUGCCUAUUCUCACAGACCAAUGAUGGACUCCCACCCGCCCUUUACAAAAGUAUGAGGACACAGUUCUUACAUAGUCAUGGCUUUGAACAUCUUCUCACAUUCCACAACCUGAAGAAGAUUGGUCUACUAACAGAACAAGAGAAGGCACCAACUCCAGCUGCCAAACAACUGGGCAUAAGGAAGAGUUCAUUCCAGGCUCUAAGAAAGAAACUCAAUUUGGUACCAAAGUUCAACGAAGACUUCAACUUAAAGAAUCCGUCUCAUAUGGCGUAUGUGUUCAGUGGAGCUUAUACACCUCUUUCCUGCAAGUUGAUUGAGCAGGUGAUCAGUCGUGAAGGUUUCACAGGACUGGAAGACGUCAUGAAACACGUACCAGAACCUGUCUUCUCGGAAUAUAAAGUCAAGUCUGCCAGAGCGACUACCUCCAGUAAGGUCAUAUUGGUCUACUUCGUAGGAGGAUGCACGUACUCAGAAGUUGUGGCUCUCCGAUUCCUAGGCAAAUUAAAAGGGUGGAGAUUCAUCAUCGCUACAUCAGAAAUGUUGAACGGCCGGUCACUGAUGGACCAGGUUGUGGACACUGCUGCAGAACGGUAGCAUCAAUAAACCGACCAGUUUCACUUCAGAGACUUAUGAGACGUGCUUGUUUGCACAUUCCAUGAUCUUGAGGUUACAGGCUAACUUCCAGACAGGAGGAAGAAAACAAAAAUGUGUGUUCAAGGAAAACUUUGGCAACUGGGUUUUGUCAAGUUGAUUUCGCUAAACGUGAUCAGCUUUAAGAAUAUUAUUGAAGAUUAAGAUAUCACUUGUCAUGUUGCAUUCAUUUAUUCUUGCCACAAUGUAGAGCUUGAGAUCUGAGAGGAGUAUUGGGAGGCCAAACUGCAGGAUUAGAAAGGUGGGGAAGUAAGAGAUAGUCCAUGUCCCUUGAUAGUUCAAGUUUGAUUGUAAAGGUCACCUGAAACAGAAGUGUAUAAAUUGUUUAUAGAUCUGUAUCUACAAAUGUGCCAUUGUGUAUGAAAUAAAAAUCA